GCUGCUGAAAUGGGCAAGUUCAUGAAACCUGGGAAGGUGGCGCUUGUCCUGGCUGGACACUACUCUGGAGGCAAAGCCAUCAUCAUGAAGAACAUUGAUGAUGGCACCUCAGAUCGCCCCUACAGCCAUUCUCUGGUGACUGGAAUUGACUGCUACCCCCGCAAAGCGAUAGCUGCCAUGGGCAAGAAGAAGAUUGCCAAGAGGUCAAAGAUCAAGUCUUUUGUGACAGUUUAUAACUACAAUCACCUAAUGCCCACAAGGUACUCUGUGGAUAUCCCCUUGAACAAAACUGUCAUCAGUAAGGAUGUCUUCAGAGACCCUGCUCUUAAACGCAAGGCCCGACGAGAGGUCAAGGUCAAGUUUGAAGAGAGAUACAAGACAGGCAAGAACAAGUGGUUCUUCCAGAAGCUGUGGUUUUAGAUGCUUUGUUUUGGUCAUUAAAAAU